GCACCCCAGAGCACACCGCCCCUCUCUUCCCAGGAACACCCGCUCGUAAGGUAAGUGACGGAGAUGCCCUGCCCGCACCUUCACCCCAGUCCUGCCCCGCCGCGCCUCGCUCCUGCCCGCUGCAAAUACCCCGCCAACGCCUGUUCCUCCACACCAAGCCCUCACCCGCGUCGGACCUAUAAAGCCUCCUUUCCCCUCUUAUUUCUCUACCUUCCUUAUCCUCAAUUGACCUUCGCCGACCAGACUCCACCUCAUCAACAACUCUCUCAACACCGCAAGACACAAUGGCUCCUACCAAGAAGGCAGUUCACUUCGGCGGCGGCAACAUCGGCCGUGGCUUCGUCGCCGAGUUCCUCCACAACUCUGGGUACGAGGUCGUCUUUGUCGAUGUCAUGGACGCCAUCAUCAAUUCCCUGAACGAGGCAAAAUCUUACACUGUCACCGAGAUUGGCGCCGACGGCCAGCGGUCUUUCACCAUUGACAACUACCGCGCCAUCAACUCCAAGUACAACAUGCCCGAGGUCGUCAACGAGAUCGCAACCGCCGAGGUCGUCACCUGCGCCGUCGGUCCCAACAUCCUCAAAUUCGUUGCAGAGCCUGUGGCCAAGGCCAUCGAGGCCCGCUCGUCAGACCUCCCCCCGCUCGCCGUCAUUGCCUGCGAGAACAUGAUCAACGCCACAACCGCAUGGAAGGGCCACAUCGAGACCUACAUCAAGGACAAGCUCAACGCAGAGACGCUAAACGGCAUUGAGAAGCGUGCCCGCUACGCCAACUCGGCUAUUGACCGAAUUGUGCCCCAGCAGGACGAGGGUGCCGGCCUGAACGUCAAGAUUGAGAAGUUCUACGAGUGGUGCGUUGAGCAGAAGCCCUUCGAGAACGGCGGCAACAAGCCGGCCAUCGAGGGCAUUCACUACGUUGACGACCUGGAGCCGUACAUUGAGCGCAAGCUCUUCACGGUCAACACCUCCCACGCAACUGCCGCCUACUACGGCCACCAGGCCAAGAUCCCCUACAUCCACGAGGUCCUUGCCGACCAGAAGCUCCACGACACGGUUCGCGCAGCCGUCAAGGAGACCGCCGCGCUCAUCGUCAAGAAGCACGGUAUCUCUCAGGACGAGCAGGAUAAGUACGUCGAGACCAUCAUCUCGCGUAUCUCCAACCCUACCCUCAAGGACAACGUCGAGCGUGUUGGCCGUGCCCCGCUCCGCAAGCUCUCCCGCAAGGAGCGCUUCAUUGGCCCCGCGGCCCAGCUCGCCGAGAUGGGCCUCCCAGUCGACGCUCUGCUUGGCGCCGCCGAGCAGGCCUUCCGCUUCCAGAACGUCGAGGGCGACGAAGAGUCCGUCGAGCUUGCCAAGAUCCUCAAGGAGAAGUCGGCCGAGGAUGCUGCAGCGCACAUCACCGGCCUCGAGAAGGACCACCCGCUGUACGAGCGCGUGGUGGCGGUCGUGAAAAAGGUGCAGGGCGCAUGAAGGCCCCGCUUGUGAGGUGAUUGCGCGUAGCCUCAAGGGGAGCAGCUAAUUACUUUCGAAAACAAACCCUUUCAAGAGUACGGCGGCUAGAUAUGUAAUACACUGUGAAAAGCCGGGCCGGAUCUUUGACAGACGGUGUCUCUGCCAUGUCCACUUACGAAUAAAAUGAGAUAUGAUCAAUGAACUAUUACAAAAAGGCUCUUCUGUCGGCGGUGGUGGUUGAUGCUGUGCUCCAUGGCUACGGACUCUGAUGAUGUAUCAAACGCUAUCAAAUGCCCACGCUCUUCUCUCCAAAGAACAAGACACCGUCAGACCUGUCCUGUCUCAUUAGACCUCCCUCACCCUUCCAACACAGUCACCGCAGGAAAAAAGAACACCAGAAGUAAUCAAUUGCUUGGCAUGCGUCCUAUCAUAUCAACGUCUCACCUCACGCUCUUUCUCUUCUCACUUGCUCCUAACUCCUCCCACUA